AUGGCCAGUAGAAUUUUAUUUAUUUUAUGUAUUUUGUGUUUGAUUACAGUGUCUUACUCAUUUGGAUUUUUAUUUUCAAGGAAAAAUCUUACAUUAAAGAAAUUAAUUAUUGAUAAAUGUGACGAAGAAUCAAGAGAUCCUGUUGAGUUUGAAGACGUAGGAAUGGAUGUAGAUGAUGAAGGAUACACACAAGUAUGGGGUACAAUGAAAACGUCUAUAUCUUUACAAUCACCGAUUGAAGUUUUCGUAUCAAUGCAACGCAAUGUCUUUGGUGUUUGGGUGCACGUCCCAUGUGUGGAUGGCGUCGGGUCAUGCCAUUAUGCUGAUGUCUGCAAUUUUGGAAAACCGGAAAACGUACAAUGUCCUCCGAGAUUUGAGAAAAAUGGUGUUCCGUGCAGAUGUCCUAUUGAACAAGGUACAUAUACACUAGCACAGCCUGGAUUUAAUUUAGAAGGAAAUAUGAAGAACGCUUUUUCCGGUUUGUAUCGCGCUCGAGUAACUGCGUCACAUGAUGGUCUAGAAUUGGCUUGUUAUACAAUGAAAUUUCAAUUAAAAGGUUCUUAA